GCCAUGUAAAAAUGAAUUGGAAAGCAAAGGGAACAGCUGCAGCAAAGCUCAGGGCCUGUGCUGUGAAGGUUUUUUUUUUUAUAAACCUACAGAUUUACAAAGACAGUUUUUAAAAGAUCUGCUCAUCAGUGAAUUCUGAAAAAAUACAAUCUGUGAUGGAAGAAAAACAAAGAAUGUAAAAGCAGCCAUGAAGGUCCAGAAGGGAUGGAGCUGCAUUGUGUUCAUUCUGCUCCACAUGACACACACCGCUUGGACACGUCAGCCCUCCAUUUCCAUCAGCUCUACAGAAGACCAGCAGACCACACUGGAGUGUAAGGGUAACAAGUGGGACACCACACCAGACGUGACAUGGAGGGACAUGAAUGGAGUGGACUUGACACCUGAGUCCAGUGUCACUGAAGAGCGAGACAAUGAGGGAUUUCUCACAGUCAGCAGCUUCAUCUCCAUCAAGCAGGAGUUCAACGUGUUCUCCUGUCUCAUGAGAAGUAAAGUGCCAAAGCCUGACUGGCAUUCAGGCCUUACGAUCUACGUUUUCUCCCCAGGAGUCUCAGGCUGGUCGGUGGUCUUCUGGUUAUCAUUGCUUCUAUAUGUGGCUAUGGCGGCUCUACUGAUAUUUCAAUGGAGGAGAAUGAGAGGACUUAUAGCAAGAUAUGAAUCCAAAGCUUUCUCACAGAAGGUUCUCAAAAGAUACCAUCAUGAAGAUCUCCUCAAGAUCACUGAGUACUUCAGGCCCUGCCUGGUCUAUCUGAUCAAAGCUACGAUGACAAACAUCCUGAAGAGCCUGGUCAGCAAGGAGAUCCUCACCAAAGAUGAGGCAAAGAUGGUGAAAGUCAAAGAAGAGCCUGAGGCAUCAGAGUAUGUGGAGUCCUUCAUCAGUGAAGUAAUGAAGAAGGACAGAAUGGCGUUAAUCAGCCUUUGGGAGGCACUGGCUGAGCAACUUGAAACAUUAAAAUCACCAAACCUCAUAACAUUAAUGGAAGAGGUGACAGAAGCAAAUAAACUCUUAGAGGAAAUUGACACCAGAAACGAGCCACCUGCCCUUGACCCUCAUAUUAAAGAACUUCAUGAGACACAUAGACAAGCUGUGUCUGAAUCCACAAGAACUGUGGAAACUCAGGUUUCUCUUGGAGAUCCACAUACCACAGCUGUGGGCUUUGAGACUCGGUACACAGAGUUGGUGUUAAUUGAACAGGACACAGGAAAUCUUAAGGAGACUGAACAUGAAUUUCUGAAAACUAGGAGGAUCCAUGAAGAGCUCAUGAAGAAAGGAGCAGCAGAGAAAUGUGAGCGAAUCUGGAUUGAGAAGCUAUUUAGGAAAGGUCCUGUGAGUAUAAAUCCAGUCAAUAUCAUAGUGGUCAGUGGGAUGGUGGGAAUAGGGAAGACCACCAUGGUACAGAAGAUCAUGUAUGACUGGGCCAGAGGCACUCAGUACCAGAGGUUUGCAUUUGUGUUCCUGUUUAAAUUCAGAGAGCUUAAGCUGCUAGACAAUGAGAAUGAGCCACAGAUGUCACUGACCAAACUGAUUGAAUGGCACUAUAAAUAUCUUAGUGACGAUGCAAUGAAAGAUGUUCUGAAGAAUCCUGAAACUCUCCUGUUUAUAUUCGAUGGACUGGAUGAGUACAAAUGCAAACUGGACUUCACAGGCAGUCAACUCUGCUCAGACCCAGACGUUGAGGUGCCUGUCCACAUCCUGGUCACCAGCCUGGUCAGUCAGACAUUACUGAAGGGCUGCUCAGUCCUGAUAACAAGCAGACCAAGAGCGCUGGAAGCCAUGGACAUGGAAAGAGUCGAUCAGUUUGUAGAGAUCCUGGGGUUCUUCCCUGAACAAAGGCUGAUGUAUUGUAAGAAGUUCUUUGGUGACACUGCUCUGGCUGCUCAGGCUUUUCAGUAUGUCAAGGAGAACACCAUCCUGUACACCAUGUGCUUCAGCCCCUCGUGCUGCUGGAUGAUCUGCUCUGCACUGAAGAGCCACUUCAUGACACCUGAAAAAGCCAAAAGUGAACCUCUGCAAGUAGGUCAGCGGCUCUGUGAUUUUCAGAAUAAGGAGUUAAUUAGAGACACCAUUGGAGAGGAUUUAAAGAUGAACUUUAGCAACACGGCUUUAUCUGCUGUGGACUGUGCUGUGAUGGCUGCUGUCAUCAGUUGCUGUGGAGAGUUUAAAGAUCUUGACAUGUCAUUCACACCUCUGACCCCUGAAUUAAUCAUGAGACUGGAGCCGGGGCUCAUCUGCUGCAGUAAAGUCUGGCUCAGGUCAUGUCGUCUCACUGCCAGAUGUUGCUCAGCUCUCUCCUCGGCUCUUUCUGCUCCAAACUCACAGGUGACUCUGCUGAUGCUGUGUGAGAACAACAUAAUGGAGGACUCUGGAGUGGAGCAGCUGUGUGAGGGGCUCAGGAGUCCAAACUGUAAACUGGUGGAACUGGGGUUGUUCACAUGUCGUCUCACCUCGGCCUGCUGCUCAGCUCUCUCCUUGGCCCUCUUGUCUCCAAACUCACGGCUGACAUAUCUGGACCUGAACAACAACAACCUGGGAGAUUCAGGGGCUCAUCAGCUAAGUGAGGGGCUCAGGAGUGACAACUGUAAAUUAAAAGAACUGAGGUUGGAAUCUUGUGAUCUCACCUCGGCCUGCUGCUCAGCUCUCUCCUCGGUCCUCUCAUCUCCAAACUCACGGCUGACAUAUCUGGACCUAAACAGAAACAACCUGGGAGAUUCAGGGGCUCGUCAGCUGAGUGAGGGGCUCAGCAGUGACAACUGUAAAUUAGAGAAACUGCAGUUGUGGUCUUGUGGUCUCACUUCGGACUGCUGCUCAGCGCUCUCCUCGGUCCUCUCGUCUCCAAACUCACGGCUGACAUAUCUGAACCUGGAUAGAAACAACCUGGGAGAUUCAGGGGCUCAUCAGCUGAGUGAGGGGCUCAGGAGUGACAACUGUAAAUUAAAGACAUUGCUGUUGUGGUCUUGUGGUCUCACCUCGGCCUGCUGCUCAGCUCUCUCCUCGGCCCUCUCGUCUCCAAACUCACGGCUGACAUAUCUGAGCCUGACCGAAAACAACCUGGGAGAUUCAGGGGCUCGUCAGCUGAGUGAGGGUCUCAGGAGUGACAACUGUAAAUUAGAGACACUGGUGCUGCAGUACAAUGGGAUCAGUGAGAGUGAGAAGAAGAACCUGAGGUCAGUAGAGAAGGAGUGGAGGAGGUCUGGACGUCAGCUGAUUAUCUACACAUGAGAAGACCAGCAGUGGUGAUUAGACUGACCCCCUGUCAGUGAUGGAGCCCCCCUCCCCCCCGUCCACUCACACCUAAAUUCUCCUCUCGGCCUGUGUGCUCCUCAUUUAACGUCACUUUUAUUUUUAACACCUUGAGACCCUCAACUGGUGACAAAACUCAAGCAAAAAGCAGAUGGCUUCACCGCUGCACUUAAUACAUGUCAUUACAUUCUGUGAUUGCUGUGAUUUGUGAAUGUGACUCACUGUUACUAAAAUAUGAAAUAAGCCAAACCGUGACAACAGACCCUUUAAUGAAGUGACUAGAGAAGAACACAUCUGAAUGUCACAUCACACACGCCUGUCACUUGGCACUUCUUCACCUGCUUGUCAUCUCCACUUUGCUGCUCUUUGUCACCAAUAACUGAGGAUGUCGUCCAUCUUUUAGUCUUCACACUGACACACACAUAUCACUGAUCUGCUCAACCCUGAACUGAGGAUGAGCGGACUGAAGGUCUGGUGGUCUGUUUGUCCAUGAAGAUCUGCUGUCCCCCCAGGACAGACACAACAGAUGAUGCCAGUCAAGAUGGCACUAAUGUCUCCAACGAGACGACUGACCUUAGAAACACAAAUGUCUGCCCUUUUCGUGUUGCUUUUCUUGAUCAUUUGUACUUAUUAUUGGAGUGACGCCUUUACACAGCUGAACAAGAAAACGUGUACUGAAGUGUAGAAAACGCAAGUGUGCUGAAGUUCGAGAAAUAAACUUGGGCCAGGACUGAUGAUAUUUAGAUUUCAAAUGUGUUACGCUGGAACAACUCAUUCUGUGCUAAACGUAUUUAAACUGUACACAAUAUGAAUUUAAUUUGUGUUAAACUUACGACAGUGGCACUAUUGUAAGUAUCCUUCAGUAGAAUGAAAUUGUAUUGCUUUAUAUAAACUUGUAAAAAAUUAUAUGCAUACUUUCAAAAGAUUUAAAAUGUGCUUUUUAUCUCUAACAAGUGCAGUAUUAUUACAUUUUAUUUUAAUAAUAAAUGUAUUUGA